GUCUUCGGCGGUCAGGCAGUCCCUAGGUGUUGAUGGCGAGUAGCAGCUGUGUGCGCUGGCGGCUGGAGUGAGGGUGUGUAGUGCACAGCUGGAGGUACCCCCGAGCCUUGCGGUGGAAGGGGGUUAGGGCUGUGCAUGCGCUGUAACAGACGGCGUGCUGGCGGGGCCGCCCUCGCUGGCGGGGUGUGAAGGAAAGGCGAUGGGAAAGCCAGUUCUUGGAGGAAACCAGCAGACCAGUUGUUAGUUAGUUAGUCCUGCUGCUAACGCUUGUUUCGGUUUUUUUUUUUUUUUUUGCAGAAAAAAAACUUUCACUUUUUUCCCCCUGCUUUUUAUUUAGUUAAUUUCAGUGGUGCUAUCGGUUCCUUCUGUUGGAAGCCAACUACUGUGGGACUUCGGUUGCCCGGAGAAAAUGAAGCACUAGUGAGUUACUAAGAGAAGAGGAAAUCGGUUAUCUAAUGCCGCAAGACAGCCUGAUGCGCGUACUGUUCUCCUUUAAGAUUACCAGCUCUCCAAGAACGCUGUCGUACUGAUUUGCAUCUUGUUUUAUAUUUAAGAUUGUAAGUUCUUUUUGUCCGCUGUCUAUACAGAAUUUACCUCUUAAUCCACGAGUGAGAUUCCUAAAUUAUGCAUUAAUAAAAAUAAGAGUAUUGUCAGUCUUUCUACUGGGGCUACAGUGCUUGUGCUCUGGCAAUGCGCAAUUGCAAUCCCAAAGCAGUGUUGCCGCUGCUAGCGCAACCACGUUUUUGGCCGUAAUUAAUAUUUUUUUAUUACUCAGUUACAGCUUUUCCUGCGUUAUUACAAUGUUUGUUCAAUUGAGCUAGGCGAAAGAGGUGGUUAAGAGCAAAAGCAGUGAGCGCCGAGGGGUGGAAGCUUUGGCCUUUAUGAAGGGCGUUGAUGCUACUGCGCCCAUGCACUCCCAAAGGAUUGGUAUAGAAACAGUUACUCUCUGUUGUGGAAGAGGAGUGAACUUGCGGCUCAUAUAGGUCUGGUGAGUGUAUGUGUGGCCAUGAGAAAAGUUGGAAAGAAUGCACUUCUACCAUUCUGGAGGAGAAAGGUCUCUGGAGGAGCAGUUCGGUUUAUAUGUGUCUCUAAGAAACAGCUGGCUUACUUGACACAACUGGCAGGACUCUGAAUUGCUGGGCUACUUGUGAAGCCAGAAGAGUUGUCAGUUAGAAGUGGGUCUACUAUCAACCAAAGAAGACAUGAAGGAACAUAAAAUACCGUCUCUUCUCAUCUAUUUCUUUUAUAUAUGGGCUACAGUUUGGGGUUAUGGAGAACAGAAGACAGUAAUAGGGCAGUGUUCUAGAGACUGUAUCUUGCCUUGCCUUUUUCCACCUGGUGAUAAUGUACUAAUUCACUGGAGUAAAAAUGGCAAAAAUGUGCACUGCUACAACCAGGAGAAACAAGAAGAAAAGCAAGAUGAGGACUACAAAAACAGAACACAGCUUUUUCAUCAGUACAUUAGUAGUGGAAAUGCCUCCUUGAAACUUAGCAACCUGACCCUUACUGAUGCGGGCACUUAUCAUUGCUAUGUGGGAACAGAUCAAACUAAAACAGAAGAGGACAUCAUGCUGCAUGUAAGAGUUUCCUCUUAUUAUGCACUGGAAUACCAAAAGACAGACACAGAAAGGAUGCUGAAGUGCUACGCCUUUCUUACUUAUUCAGUGCCAACUAUAACUUGGACACAAAGCAAUACAUCCAUCCAAGAAACAGGGGGGGAGAAAACCGAGGCUGGAGGUCUCUACGCUAUUAGAAGUGACCAAAACAUUGCAAACACAUCUGCUCCCUACCAGUGUCGUAUUCUCUUUUGUCGUAAAGAGUGGACUGCUGAAUCGAAGAUGGAAGAGCAACUGUCCAGUGUGGAAGGAAAUAGCGCUGCAAUUCCUUGUGAAUGCAUCAAUAACCCUUCUUCACACACUGAAGGUUUCAGCGUUGUCUGGACAAUAAACAGAAAUGCAGUCAUCUCAGUCCUGGCCUCCUUCAAUGGUACAUCUCACUCUUACCAGCCACGAGCCCAAAUUAACGAAACUGACUUUUCGCUAAUGUUAAGUGAUCUCACUCCAAAGGACAGCGGAGAAUAUCUUUGUAAUAUUUCAGCACCUCACUACACAAAGCUUACUGUGAGAACCGUGCGUGUUGAAAAUUCAGAUAAUUCACAUACCGCCUGGCAAAUUGCGGUAGGAGUGGCGAUUGCACUGGCUGUGAUAGGAGUCUCUGGCUAUUUCUUUUUUAAGCCUGACUCCUGAGCUGGUCAAAGUUCAAGUAGUCAGUUGUAACUCUAGCCAACUGCAGCUGUUCCAGUUCAUUGAAAAAACUUGGAUACCGAAGCUUGAAAGAAUUUAGACAAGAUUCCCUUAACUUGGGACUUUUUGACACGUUUAACAUACCAUAAUCAGAGGAAGCAGAACAGCCUACAAGUUGACAUGGUUUGUUGUAUUGAUAGAGGCAUGGAUGGAAGGAGGAGGAAUGUUUCUGAACUCUUACAUGGAUGUGACUUUUACUCAGCUAAUGUUGAAAUGGAAAAUACUCUUACCUCUCUAAUGAGCAUGCCUUGUCCCGUUCCUACCAGAUGAUUACUUUCACAUAUCACUUUUACAAACAUUUUGGCUUUGACUAGGCUUGCAAGAAAAAAGGAGGAAGGAACUGAGCACCUGGACGUACCAAAAGGAAGAACUCUCUCUGCAAACACAGACGCUCCUGAGAUUGCUGCUAAAAGAGAAGCUUGAAGAACAAAGACUUCCUUGACCUGCUGGGUGGAGUUACAGAGGGCUGGAAGCAAAUGGAAGUGUAAUUAUCUGAGCAACAGUAACAAGCAGAGAACCUAACAGAAAGAAUGUGCAAGUCAGCUGACACUUCUGUGUGAUGAGUCUGCAUGAAAAAGUGGGACUUGCAUGUUUUUAAAAAGAAA